AUGAUGACGUCAUUAGGCAAGCGGUCAAGUGCUGAUUGCGGAAACCAAGCAUCAGGUGAUAGAUUGUCACGUGAUAGAUUGUCAGGUGAUAGAGAGUCAGGUGAUAGAGAGUCAGGUGAUAGAUUGUUAGGUGAUAGAGAGUCAGGUGAUAGAUUGUUAGGUGAUAGAUUGUCAGGUGAUAGAUUGUCAGGUGAUAGAGUGUUAGGUGAUAGAUUGUUAGGUGAUACAUUGUCAGGUGAUAGAGAGUCAGGUGAUAGAUUGUUAGGUGAUAGAGAGUCAGGUGAUAGAGAGUCAGGUGAUAGAUUGUUAGGUGAUAGAGAGUCAGGUGAUAGAUUGUUAGGUGAUAGAGUGUCAGGUGAUAGAUUGUCAGGUGAUAGAUUGUCAGGUGAUAGAUUGUCAGGUGAUAGAGAGUCAGGUGAUAGAUUGUUAGGUGAUAGAUUGUCAGGUGAUAGAGCCUAUGGUGAUAGAUUGUCAGGUGAUAGAGCCUAUGGUGAUAGAGUGUCAGGUGAUAGAGAGUCAGGUGAUAGAUUGUCAGGUGAUAGAGAGUCAGGUGAUAGAUUGUCAGGUGAUAGAGAGUCAGGUGAUAGAUUGUUAGGUGAUAGAGAGUCAGGUGAUAGAUUGUUAGGUGAUAGAUUGUCAGGUGAUAGAGAGUCAGGUGAUAGAUUGUCAGGUGAUAGAGAGUCAGGUGAUAGAUUGUCAGGUGAUAGAGAGUCAGGUGAUAGAGUGUCAGGUGAUAGAGAGUCAGGUGAUAGAUUGUCAGGUGAUAGAGAGUUAGGUGAUAGAUUGUUAGGUGAUAGAUUGUCAGGUGAUAGAGAGUCAGGUGAUAGAUUGUUAGGUGAUAGAGAGUCAGGUGAUAGAGAGUCAGGUGAUAGAUUGUUAGGUGAUAGAGAGUCAGGUGAUAGAUUGUCAGGUGAUAGAUUGUCAGGUGAUAGAUUGUCAGGUGAUAGAGAGUCAGGUGAUAGAUUGUUAGGUGAUAGAUUGUCAGGUGAUAGAGCCUGA